UACGUCAUCAUACGUCACCUGUACCAUGGCGACGGGGACGCUGAGAGGUUUCAUGUGGAGAUUCUCCUUCAUUUUCCUGUUGAAAUUGAAAACUAUUUCUUGCCAGCAGUUCUCCAUCUCUUUUCAGCAGCCUUCAGGUUGUGGAGUGCAAAGCUAUUUUGAUGUUUCGAGCUUGUCUUGUGUGAAAUGCGGGCCGAAUCAAAUCAGCAGUAAAUCAGGGCUGACAUGUGAGUGCCAGACUGGUUUCAGGGUGCUGGUCAGUAAUGGGGCAUCCAUCACAUGCCAGCAGUGCCCUGAUUCUAAUCAGGGGGUCACUCAUGAUGGGUAUGGGUGCAUCCGUUGUCCAGGAAGUGUGGGUGAGAAUGGAAAGUGUCAGUGUCCUAAGGGUAGUGUGUUAGUGGAGAGAGAUGGGAAUGGGAAUCCAUUAAAUGAAGCCCGGUGUGAAGAAUGCAGUGGAAUAGAGCCUGCUUUCUCUGCCCCAGAUACAACAGGCAACAGGUGUGUAAGAUGCGAGGACUCUUUCAUCAACUCGUCUCAGUCUUGUGUGUGCGGGACCUUAAAUAUACUGGCAGGAGGAAUGUGCUUCCCUCCUAACAAUCUGCCAACCUCAGUUGCCCCCAAUGUCAUAUUUGCCCAGUUGGCCACCCCUGUUCCAUCAGUAUGGUUUUCAAGCUUUAUGUACUCUUCAGCAGCCGCCUGUUUGCUGUUCUCUAACCGGACAGCAUGUCAGACUCUGGGGAACAUUUGUGUGAUGAACAUGCACUCAUCCAGCACAAUCACAAAUGAUGCAUGUGGCCUCUACAACACAAUCUACAGAGCAACAGCUGCUCAGGGCAGCAGUCAGGACAUCACUUACUGGAGGUCAAACUUGCCUUGGCUGUAUUAUGGGGAGCAGCCUGGGUUAGCAUCACAGGCUCUACAGACCGAGCCACUUCCUGUUGGAUUCAGCUUUAAAGGUGCACAAAAGAACACUAACAUUGCACUGCUGGCUGCUGUGUACUCCGUGCGUGGGGAGUUUCUGAGAUGGGAGAGCAUCGGUGGAGGAAACCUGCAGCUUUGUCCAGACAUCCCUACCAGACAACAGUCUGCCUUCACGUUUGGGACAGCCUACAAGCAGAGUUGUGUGCUCUCUGUAUCAGAGCUCCUGAUUGGUUAUCCAGAGCCUGUAUUCUACGACGUGUUCCUGGUUAUUCAAAAGGCCCAGGAGGACAGGCGUCUUCUAGCAGUACCACUCCUAAAUCUCAACCAACAGUACAAUGGCCAGUUUAUUAACAAAGGUACUACAUACAAGCACAAACACAAGUGCUGCUAUUAUACGUUAGUAUGUGUGGAGGCCUUAGCUUUGCUUUGCUGCUCCAUCACCAUAUCGACUUCUGCUGUGACAGGAUCUAACAUAAAUAACUGGUACCUGACCCGGAGGCUGAUGCUUGUGGACACACUGAGUGGAAGGGAAAAGUCCUUAAGUUCUAUACCCAGAGUCAUACGUGUUGCCUCUAACAUUAAGAUUGGGUUUCAGCUGGUGCCAAAUACACAGAAAGGACAGGUGUACCCUCCUCUGAUGACCGUGGCCUACUCCGAUAUACCCAUCACUGACCCCAAUACACAGACUGUUACUGUGUCAUUCUCUCUGGAGUAUACAAUGGACCAGAAUGAGGCUCGGAUCAAAACUGAUAUUGCUCUUGGUGUGUUGGGUGGAGUGGCUGUUGUCCACUCUUUAUUAAAGACAGCAAGCUGGAAAAGAAGAAUUGCAUCUCCUCUCAUUGACCUGCAGACCAUUAUGAAGUUUCUGGUGUUCUAUGCUGGUGAUCUGGCAAAUGUUUUCUUUAUUAUCACUGUGGGAACAGGACUCUACUGGCUCAUAUUCUUCAAGGCCCAGCAAUUUGUGUCCGUGUUGCUGCCAUUACCAACUCAGGAGGAGCGUUUUGUUAUUUAUGUUGGCUGUGCCUUUGCAUUGAAGACUGUGCAGUUUCUUCAUAAGCUCUUUGUGCAGCUGUCAGUGGAUAUUUUCUUUAUAGACUGGGAAAGACCUCGUGGGAAAGCCAGUAAACCUGUGGAGGGGUCUGGUGAGACAAAGUGUCAAGCAUCUCCCGUUAGUAUCUGGAGAACGUACUUUGUUGCCAAUGAGUGGAAUGAGAUUCAGACCAUUCGCAAGAUCAGUCCCACUUUUCAGGUUAUCGCCGUGCUCUUCUUUCUGGAGGUGGUGGGCUUCUCAAACUUGGCUUUUAGGGACCCCUCGUCCAAUCUGCAUCGAUCUCCUGAAGUAUACACACCUUCCUACAGCCUUAUACUACGCUAUGGCGUAGCUUCUGCUAUGUGGCUAUGCAUUGGCUUAAUACAGAUAAUAUUCUUCACAGUGUUCCAUGAACGCUUUGUUGAAGACAAGAUUCGCCAGUUUGUGGAUCUGUGCUCAAUCAGUAAUAUAUCAGUGCUUCUGCUGUCUCAUCGAUGUUUUGGCUACUACAUUCAUGGACGCUCUGUUCAUGGUCAUGCUGAUACUAACAUGGACGAGAUGAAUACAAACCUGAAGAGGGAGGCGGAAAAUCUGUGUGGCCAAAGGGGACUGUUGCCAAACUCAGACGCACAGACAUUUCAGAUUUCAAUAACCAACUGCCUACGAGCACAGUAUGAUCGGAUAAUUGAUCCAAUAAACAGGAGAAAUGGGCCCUCAAGAUUGGUGGAUGCAUCAGCCAAUCCAUGUGAGCAGAGCACAAAAGCAUACCAUACCAUGAACCGUUUCCUGGGCUCAGUCAUUGAUCACGCACAUCGUGAGAUGGAUUACAUAGUGAAGGAUAAGUUGCUAUUUGAGAGACUCAUCGGUAUGGAGUUCCUAGAGCCAUUAGAUAAAAGCAUCUUUUACAAUGAUGAUUCUCACUCAUUCACCGAUGUUCUUUAUUAUGGUAAUGAGGCUGUACUUUUGAUCUUUGACACACUCUUCUUCUGUGUGGUGGAUCUGGGCAGUCAGAACUUCAUUCUAGCAGCAGUGUUAACAUACCUCCAGCAACUGAUCUUUAGGCUAAUCCGAAAUGGAAUAGGCCGCAGGAACCUGGCCAACAAAACUUUGGUUGACAAAAGGUUUCUGAUCUAGUUAAUUUGCUAACUCUGUCUACUUAAUGUUGUUUGUACUUUAAUGCCUUUGUAAGUUUCUACAGACUUUUGUAUUGUUUUGUUUUAAAUGAUUGUUUUUUGUGCCUGGACAUUUUACACUUUCUCACCCUUGAGUUUAUCAAAUUUAUAAAUGUGGUUUAAAGAUAUGUUAGACCUUUUAUACCUAAAUGUUUUGGUAUUUAAAUGUUUUUGAUUAAUUAAAUCACUACUUUGUUUUUAUGAA